GUUCCAUGCUAUCAAUGCGGAAGCGGCUAUGAAUGGCUACUGCGCUAACUGGUAUUACCGUUUUUAUUCUUAAUAACGGCCACACAUGUAUAACAUAAAGGUAGUUAUGAAAAUACUGACACAUGUGGCUUUGUAAUAUGCUGUUUGACAGUCCGUCCAUCCGAAAUGGGGUGUCAUGGCUCUUUAUCCUCUCUCAUAUUUGGGUAAACUGUUGCUAGCUAGCAAUUUAUCUCAGGGACGUUACAGGGACUUUGGUCAUCUUGGUAACUUAUUCAUUUCUUAAAGUGUCCGACAGCCAACAAGAUGAAAGUCCGCUCGUCUGUUUUUGCCUCGUUUAUUUUAAUAUUUGAAGUGGUUGGCAUUGCCCUCUUCCUGCGAGGAUUUUUUCCUGUGCCUGUCAAGUCUUCUUUCUCAUCCAAGAGCAAGCUGUCAGACCUGCCGGCGGAGCCACUGACAGGGAGCUCUCCCAACUCAUCUCGCCUCCCGCACCCCCUUUUUAAAAGGGUGGUUAUAAUGCUGGUGGAUGCCCUCCGGGAGGACUUUGUGUUCGGAUCCAGCGGUCGCAUGUACAUGCCCUACACUAGACAUGUGGUGGAGAGAGGCUCAGCGCACAGUUUUGUGGCCAAGGCAAGACCUCCAACAGUCACCAUGCCUAGGAUCAAGGCUCUUACCACUGGCAGUAUCCCAGGCUUCAUUGAUGUGGUAAUGAACCUAAAUUCUCCUGCACUGCUGGAAGACAACCUCAUUUGGCAGGCCAAAACAGCAGGGAAGAGGAUAGUUUUCUACGGAGAUGACACCUGGGUGCGCCUCUUCCCCAAACACUUCAUGGAGUACGAUGGCACAACCUCCUUCUUUGUAUCUGACUACACUGAGGUUGACAACAAUGUGACCCGUCAUCUGGAUAGCACCCUCAAGAGGGAUGACUGGGACAUUUUGAUCCUUCACUACUUAGGCCUGGACCACAUUGGUCACAUCAGUGGACCCCACAGUUCACUCAUCCAGCCCAAACUGCUGGAAAUGGACGACAUCCUGAAGAAGAUCCACAGUGCCCUCAUUUCAAAGGAGGCUGAGGGGUCUCUGCCCUACCUGCUGGUGCUGUGUGGAGACCACGGCAUGUCAGAGACCGGCAGCCAUGGAGGCUCCUCAGAGCCAGAAGUCAAUACGCCCCUGGUGCUCAUAAGUCCGGCCUUCAAAAGAAAAGUGGGAAUGGAGAAGCCUGGAGUAGUCGAGCAGGUUGACCUGACCCCAACCCUGGCCCUUGGACUUGGCCUGCCCAUAUCUCAAAACAGCGUGGGCCGUGUCAUCCCAGGUGUUUUGGAAGAAACCUCACUCCGAGACCAGCUGCGCUUCCUGCAUCUCAAUGGCCACCAGCUCAGCUGCCUGCUCAAAGACAGCAUGCCUAACUACGAGAAAGAGGCCGGAUUUGAGCAGUUCCGCGUGGCAGAAAAGGCUCAUGGGAACUGGAUGAAACUCUACCUGGAGGGAAACACCUCUGAGGUGCUGAGCAACAUGGGGAAAAAGGUGCUGAAGCAGUAUCUGGAGGCCCUGGCCGCCAUGAGCUCGGCUCUCAGCAAACAGCUGGGCAAGUACGACAUGUACUCCAUGAUCGCAGGAAUGGUCUUUGUAUUUCAGCUCCUGUUGAUCUUACUGCUGGCGAUGCCUGAAGCCCUCAGUGGCGCCGCAGCAGUGGACCUCCCAGUCCUCUCAGCCUUGCUCUCCCUGCCUUUCUACCUCCUGUGCCUGCUGCUCGCCUCAGUUCACGUCUUAGUGUGCACAUCUGCUGAGAGUUCCUGCUACUUCUGCAGCCUCUCCUGGGGUCUUGUGUUCACUGCCGUUGCCUUCUCCUCAGCAAUGUUUUGUAUUCUGGUCUCCAUGGCAACACGCCGAUUCCCCCUAGGACCAAAGAUUCACAGCAAGUCUCCACUGAGGAGCAGUGGCAGUGAGUGGUCACUGUCAGAGCUGGAUGUGUUGCUGCUGGCUGGCACCAUCGGACACACUCUAAGCUUGGCGUCCAGCAGCUUCGUAGAGGAAGAGCACCAAACUUGGUACUUUCUGCUCAGCACACUGUGCCUCGCCGUCUUCCAGGAUGUCUGCCGCAAGUACUUCCGAGAGCAGAGGAGCCCAGUAGAAGAAGAAGAAGAGCAUAUCCUCCCUUCCAAAGACUGUCAUCCUUCUGCUCACCCUAAGGCAGAGAUUUGCUCAGAGAAAUGGCUAGCAUUAGCCACGCCACCUUUCACCCUGGCCUGCUGCCGGCUCCUGCGCUCUCUCAAUCAGACUGGGGUACAAUGGGCUCAUCUUCCUGACGUUGGACACUGGCUUAACAGCUCCGAACACAAGAUGGUACUCUCCCUGUUGACUGCUUUCUGUUUGGUUCUUAUCUACCUCCUGGUUCAAAGACGGUGUUCAUGGGUCUCCAAGGUUGCCCUCGCCCUCGGACUUUUGGGUGUCUACAGCUACCGGGCAGCUGUUGGCAAUGUCUUGUUUCCCUGGCAACACUCUGGUCAUACUAUGUCCAAGGGAACAGUGGAGGCACGCUUUGUUUAUGUCUUCGUUUUGGGCAUCCUCUUCACGGGCACCAAGGACCUGCUGCGAUCCCAGAUCAUCACAGCAGAUGUCAAACUGAAGAGCAGGGGAUUAUGGGAGAUUUACAGCGGCUUGGUCUUGUUGGUUUCGCUAUUGUUUCGUGCUCAUAACCUGCCAGUGCUGUGCGGCUGCCUGUUGAUCCAGACACUCAUGGCUCAGUUUAUCUGGAAGAAACUCCACUAUGACGCAGCUCAGACGACCAUCAUGCACUACUGGUUUGGUCAGGCCUUCUUUUACUUUCAGGGCAAUUCCAACAACAUUGCCACAGUCGACAUCUCAGUCGGGUUCAUUGGACUGGAAAGUUACGUUGAGGCACCUGCCAUCUUCUUAACGGCCCUCAACACUUAUGCAGGGCCCCUGCUAUGGGCGUGUCACCUCGUCUGCUACCUCAGCUCAGAGAGAGACAGGAGCCCGGUUGCAGUUGGGCAUGGUUGCUACUGUUUGGCCCUGCUGAGGUCUGUGCCAGCUGCAGCCUACAUUGUGCUGGUAACGGUUCUGCGCUACCAUCUCUUCAUAUGGAGCGUCUUUUCACCCAAAUUGCUUUACGAGUCCAUGCACCUGCUGCUGACCGCAGGAGUGUGUCUCUUCUUCAACACCAUGGAGCAAAACCACAGCUCCAGUAGGUCGUAGGCAGCCAAGGACGCAGAUUUUCUGUUAAGUCAAAUGGUCGGACACAGUCUGUUAUUUCUGUAAAAGAAAUGCUCCUAAAGACUGAUGCCCAUGACAGUAUGCUCAUAAUCAAUGCUUCAGAAAGAGCCCAUCAUCUGGACUCUGUACACCUGCUUUGCAAAAAUACUUUCAGAAUGCACCUACAAUGUAUUUUUGUGUUUAUUUUAUUUUAUAUAUUAAAUUCUUUCCAAGGAGAAAAUAUUUGCGAAUGAAUAAAAGUGGAAGGAUGUUAAGACGA